UUCAGUUCAGGUGGUUUCCAAACACUAUAUCAGCAUUCAACAUAAGUCAGUGUCUGAUCUAAAAUUUUCAAAAGCUGCUCGUCAUUUAUAUGUAGAUUCUAACAAAACCUCUAUUGGGGGAGAAAAAGUUAUACAAUUAGAGUUCUCUAUAAAUGAAAAAAUUUCUGCUGCAGAAGCCAUGUGGCUUUUUAAAGUGGCAGAGAAUGAUCUUGCCUUAAGACAUUGUGACAACACACCAAUAUUGUUCCAAAGAAUGUUUCCAGAUAGUAAAAUAAGUCAAGAUUUUAAUAUGAGUUGGCAAAAAGUUUCAUAUAUUUUGCAAGGUGGCCUUGGGCCAUUGUUGGAAAAGUGUUUAUGUAAUAGUAUCACGUUAAGUCAAGGUGCAUUCACUUUAAUGUUUAAUGAAACAACUACUUCACAACAAAGAAAACAAAUGGAUCUUUUAUGUCAUUUUUGGUCAGAAGACGAAAACCAAGUUGUUACGAAAUAUUUAACAUCGCUGUUCUUUGGCAGAGCAACAGCAGAAGAUGUCAAAACAAUGCUAGCAGAUUUACGUCAUAAUGAAAGGUUUUAUUUACCAUGGGAUCGUCUUUUUAAUAUUUCAGCAGAUGGUCCUAAUAUUAACAAAGCCAUUUGGAGAUUGUAAAAUGCUGAUCUUCAUAGUAAUGGCUUUAAUGGCUUGUUACCAUUUGUAAGUUGCACUUUGCACACAGUGCAUAAUGCUUUUCGAAAAGCAAUUAAUGUUGUCGGUGAGGAUGCUGAGCAGCUUGCAUUUGAUUUACAUACCUGGUUCAAGAAUGCACCCUGCAAAAUAGAAGAUUU